CAAUGUGCAUGAGGUGCCACUCCUCAUACAUAAAAUAUUCUUUCAGAGCUGUCCAAGUUGACGACAAGGCUUUCAGCUUAAUCAGGUUAAUUGAUCUCCAUCUGUGGUAAAUUCACAAGCCAAUGGCAUAUCCCAUGACAAACUGGAACUCGGACAUCUUGGACUGUUGUGAUGACACAAGUUCUUGCUGCUAUGGUUUCUGGUGCUGCCCUUGCAUGGCCUGCACAGUUGCAGGAAAAUUUGGAGACAACCGUUGUCUCCCAUUAUGCGACAUAUUGAGUCCUGCCAUCACAUCAGCCUGUGGCAUCCCUCUGUGUGUGCCUCCUGCAGCUUUGGCUCUCCGGGUUGGCAUUCGACACAAAUAUGGUAUCAAGGGUUCUCUCUGUAAGGAUAUUGCCACUUCCUGUUUCUGUGAGUGGUGCUCCUAUUGUCAGAUGCAUCGCGAGUUAAAGUACCGCAAGAAAAACAAGGCUGUUGUUGUCAACGCGCAGCCUCCUCCAGUCAUUAUGGCUCCUGGGCAGCCAGGGGUUUUCACAGUUCAGUCAUACUGAGAGUUGUGAUUUCUAACCGGUCUGCUCUGUCUUGUUAAAGACAUUUGAUUUAGCAGAAAUCAGCUUUGUGAUGUGACCAUGUAGCAUUUGUUACGUGAAAAACUGAUUACUUUUGAUUAGGUGUGGGAGAGUUCAGUUCUUGUUGGGACCUUUUUUUAGCAGUGACAUGCAAAUGAUUUUAAGUACUUUACAUUGUGUAUGUAAGGUAUAUAUUUACAUUUUUAAAUACUUUACAUCAGAGCAUGCUGGGUCAAUGUCAGUCUAAUAUCUAACUUCAAUGUUAAUCAUGGCAACUCUAGGUAGAUAUGAUUAUUAACUUCCUAUUUUUAAAGGCUAAGGGUUUAUCUCACUUAAUAAAAGUGAACUAAUUUUGUAAAGGUCUCGAAAUGAUGGAUCAAGAGAAAUUCACAAAAAUGCCCUAAAAUGUGAAAGAGAGCAUGAGAGCAGAGAUUUGUAUAUGUUUCCUGAACACUACUAAAACACAUACUUGUCAUUGUCUGUUGCUGCUUUAGAUCCACAUAAAUGAUGAAGGAAUUAUGUAUUAUCAGAGCACAAAACAAUAUGUCAACAUUAUGAAGUUGACCCAACAGCUUUUUGAAGGAUUUUAAAACCCAAGUAGAACUCUGUGUACAUCAUUAUAUGUAGAUUUUAAUUACUAUUAUUAUUAUGUUAUCCGUUGUGAUAAUUACUUGAAAAUAAUAAGAAAAAAUCAGUUCUAUAAAAUUGUUUUAUUUUGAAAGUUUGGGGAAUCUUUAUAUGAUCAUGUGACUUUGUUUCUAAAAAAAUUUGACAAUUCCAGUGAAGUAA